GACGCUGUCAGGACGUCGAGCGACAAAUGCGGCGCAGCCUUUAGUCUGCUCAGUCGUUCACAGCCCACAAACCCGCGGAUUUACAUUCAACAGCUAAAACAGAUUUCUGCCCGGUGUUCCCAUUCUUCCCAGUUUCUACAAACUUCAAAUAUGGGGUGGUUUGCGUCUACAAAAAUGGUCUAGACAGACUCUCUGAUUUGUGAGGCCACAGCCGCCCGCCAGCGUCUGAACAGGAUGUCCAGCAGCUCGGGCUACCCCCCCAGUCAGGGGUCCUUCAGCAGCGAGCAGAGCCGGUACCCUUCACACUCUGUGCAGUACACCUUCUCUGGAUCGCGCCACCAACAGGAUUUCCCCGUCCAAGAUUACCGCACACACAUGCAGGAUCCGCAGGGUCGGAGAAGACUGUCCUUACUCUCAGAGUUUCACCCUGGAGUUGAAAGGCCUCCAGAGAGACGGCAUGUUUAUGAAUCGCAGUUUCCCUCCGUCACAUCCCAGGCAGAGCAUGAAGCCCUGGAGUCCAAACGCCCUCGCAUGGAGACUGUUGCCGAGGCUCAUAUCAACCGCACCCCUCCCACAGCUGGGGGCGUGGUGCUACCGAUGCCCCACAGUGUACAGGACAGCUUAAGAGCCACUGUGGAGGUCAAAAAGGAGUCUCCAUUCACCGUCAAAGUGGAGUCAGCCUCCCCUGGGGGACAUGCGCUGCACAUGGGGGAUGAUCAGGACAACUCACCCUCCAAGCUGUCCAAGGAGGAGCUGAUUCAGAGCAUGGACCGCGUGGACCGAGAGAUCGCCAAAGUGGAGCAGCAGAUUUCAAAGCUGAAGAAGAAGCAGCAACAACUUGAGGAGGAAGCAGCAAAGCCAGUGGAGCCAGAGAAGCCAGUGACCCCACCUCCUGUUGAGCACAAGCACCGCAGCAUAGUCCAGAUCAUCUACGAUGAAAACAGGAAAAAAGCUGAAGAGGCUCAUAAAAUAUUGGAAGGUCUUGGCCCCAAAGUUGAGCUGCCGUUGUACAACCAGCCGUCAGACACGAAGGUUUACCACGAUAACAUCAAAACAAACCAGGUCAUGCGGAAGAAGCUGAUCUUGUUUUUUAAAAGGAGGAAUCAUGCUCGUAAACAAAGGGAACAGAAGAUCUGUCAGCGCUAUGACCAGCUGAUGGAGGCGUGGGAGAAGAAGGUGGAGCGCAUGGAGAACAACCCCAGACGCAAAGCCAAGGAGAGCAGAACGCGAGAGUACUACGAACGACAGUUCCCCGAAAUCCGCAAGCAGCGAGAACAGCAGGAGCGCUUCCAAAGAGUUGGACAAAGAGGAACAGGUCUUUCUGCAACUAUAGCCAGAAGUGAGCAUGAGAUUUCAGAAAUCAUCGAUGGUCUCUCUGAACAGGAGCAGGGGCAGUGCCCCCGAGCAGAUCUGACCACCCGAGCAGAUCUGAACAAUGAGAAACAGAUGAGACAGCUGUCAGUCAUCCCUCCCAUGAUGUACGACUCGGAGCAAAGGAGGGUGAAAUUCAUCAACAUGAACGGCCUGAUGGACGACCCUAUGAAAGUGUUCAAAGCUCGACAGUUCAUGAACGUUUGGACGGAACAUGAGAAGGAAAUCUUCAAGGAGAAGUUUAUGCAACAUCCCAAGAAUUUCGGUUUAAUCGCCUCGUAUCUUGAAAGAAAGUGUGUGGCUGACUGCGUCCUAUUUUACUACUUGACCAAAAAAAACCAAAACUACAAGGCGCUGGUCAGGAGAAACUACAGAAGAAGAGGAAGGAACCAGCAAAUAACACGUCCUUCACAAGAAGAAAAGACAGAAGACAAGAACGAAGAGGACAAAGCGGAGAAGUCUGAGAAAAAAGAGGAGGAGGAAAAGAAGGACGAGGAAGAGAAAGAUGAAAAGGAGGAUUCUAGGGAGAUUGGCAAGGACAAAGACAAGUGUGACGGUGGGGAGGACGAGGACGGAAAGGAGCAAAACACGCCGCGUGGCAGGAAGACUGCCAACAGCCAGGGCCGCCGCAAUAGAAGGAUCACCACACGCUCCAUGGCCAAUGAGGCUGCGUCCGUCGCAGCCGAGGACACGCCUCCUCCUGCCUCUGAGCCUGCCUUGCCAGAUCCUCCACAGCUCCCUAAAUCUGAUCAGGCACAGAAAGCCUUGAAGGAGCCUGCAAAAUCCCUCACUCCGGUUGCAGCAGAUUCUAAUAAAGCUGGCGCUGGUGAAACCGGAGAAACUUCUCGCUGGACCGAGGAGGAGAUGGAAGUGGCCAAAAAAGGGCUCGUUGAACAUGGCAGGAACUGGACAGCCAUUGCCAAAAUGGUGGGCACCAAAAGCGAGGCACAGUGCAAGAACUUCUAUUUCAAUUACAAAAGACGUCAUAACCUGGACAACCUGCUGCAGCAGCAUAAGAAGGAUACUCGCAGAGCUCGUGCCGAUACGUCUCAAGGGGAAGGCCAAGCCACAGCAUCACCUGACGAUGACGAGGACAAUGCAGAUGACAGUGAAGGUGGUGAAAACAGCUCUGAUACAGAAAGUGCACCUUCGCCGUCCCAGGCAGAUUCCUCAAAACCUGUGGAUGCAAAGAGACCAGAGAGCAGCACGGGGGAAGCUCCUUGCACCGACCAGGAAAAAAGCCAGGCCAGCACAGGAAAACCUGCAGAGUCUUCAUACGGGGAGCUUCGUGUCAAAGAAGAGAAGAGCCCAGAGAGGGAGAGCGGAUCUCAGGAAGAAAAAGUCAAGCUUCCCUCUUUUCCUCUUUCUGGCCCCGUUUAUCCCAAAACCGAACCCCAGGAUGUGGACCUGAAGACUGGAGAGGUUCAAGUCAAGGUGGAACCCGAAGUCAAGGAGAAAGGGGAAAAGGGAGAUCCUGGUGAAAGGCAAAGAGAGCUCCACUCUGACAACGACUCGAGUGCCACCUGCAGUGCUGAUGAGGAUGUGGAAGCUGAGCCUGAUAGGCAGAGAAUGUACCCCAUGGAAAAACCGUUGAUAAGCCCCCAAGGGUCGGUGCUAGUGUCGUCUCCUAAGCAAGCCCAGCUCAGUAUCCAGCAGAUGCAACACAGGGCAGCCUCCAUCCCAUCCAUGGUACCUGGUCCUUAUGGCCCAGGCGGCAUACCCAUCAGUGGUUUAGUCAUGCUGCAGCACCAGAUCAAAGCAGUGCAUGACUCUUCACAUCAGGAGGAGAAGCAGCGGCAGGAGCAGGGAGACCUGGAACGCAGACCUGCCUUUCGGACCCGCAGCCCUAAUGUGCUGGACAGAGACGUCCUUCACCCCGCCUCCAACCAGCUGGUCCAGAGCAUGAACGACGGGGUCCGUCUGCCGUUCAACAGACACAGUCGGCCUCCUAACAUUCCCUCUCCUCCUCCGCUCAUUCCAACCAACAAGCCCACAGACAAGCCCUCCUUCAUCCACGGAGGCUCCAUCUCCCAGGGAACUCCUGGCACAUAUUUGCCCUCGCAUGCCAUCUAUGGGCCAGAGGGGACUAAGAGCUCUGUGGGCUCCAUCUCUCUGGGGCUGCCUCGGCAGAUGGAUCCCAACAAGCCCGGUUCCUCCAUCCAGGACAGCAGAGGCAACCCAUCAAAGGUUGGCGAGGGCCUUGCUUUCAGAGGAUCCAUCACUCAGGGCACUCCGGCCCUGUCCCAGCCUAGCAUAGCUGCUGACCUCCUGAAAGGCACAAUCACAAAGCUGGUUACAGAGGACCUGGGCAGCCCAGAUAAGGCCAGGGGAGAGCAGCUGGCUAAAGUUAUUUAUGAAGGAAAAAGUGGCCACAUCCUCUCCUACGAUGGUAUAAAGAACCCCAGGGAAAACACAAGAAGCCCCAGAACGGGUCAUGAGCUGAAACGCAGCCAUGACAUGAUGGAGGGACCUAUAGGAAGAGCACAUCAUGGCAGAGAGGGGGCUCCAUUUGAGGGCUUGAUUAGCAGAGCUCUACCAAGAGAAGGGCAUCAUGGAGACUCCAAGGAAAGACCUCUGAUCCCUGGAUCCAUAAUGCAAGGGACGCCGAGAACUACUGCUGACGUUUAUGAGGAUGCUGUGAAAUACAAGCGGAUAAAAACAGAAAGCCCACCUAUCCCGACGUUUGAAGAGGUUAUUGGCAAAGGCAAGCCGUACGAAGGAGUCAACACGAUCAAAGAGAGGGGACGCUCCAUUCAUGAAAUCCCCAGACAGGACCAACCUGGACAGGACUUGUGCAAAACUCCUGAACUGCCAGACAGGAGGGUGAUAGAGGGCACAAGCUCUCAGAAUUACUCCAUGAGCCAGCCCACCAUCAAACACAAUGUCAAGUCCCUGAUCACCAGCCCCAGCAAGCUUCCCCACAGCAUGCCUCAGCUGGAGGCCAUGGAGCGAGCCAAGUACGAAGAGAGCAAGGCGGUGCGGCAUUCUGUGGUCAACAGCACUGCCUCCGUCCUGCGCUCCACCCACCAGGAGGCCAGCAAAUCCCAGCACAGCCCCAGUAUGUAUGAAGACAACAGCGCUCGACGGACCCCCGUCAACUACAGCACCAACCCUGUUUCCAGAGGAUCCCCUCUGCUGGUCCGGACCUCUGAAGGGGGCAUGAGCGCUUCCAAAUCUGCUGGGCAUGACAGAAAGAGCGCCAUGACCCCGACGCAGAGGGACAGCAUCCCAUCCAAGUCCCCCGUGUCAGUAGGCGACCCUGUCGCCUCCCACAGCCCUUUUGACCCCCACCACCGGCCUGUGGUUCCUGGAGAGGUGUAUCAAACCCACCUGCCCCCACACCUGGACCCUACGCUGGCCUUCCGCCACAGAGGGCUGGAUCCUGCAGCGUUCAUGUUCUCCAGGCAGCCCUCACCGACAGGCUACCACAACUACCCGCUGUACACUGUGGAAAACACGCGGCAGACCAUCUUCAAUGAUUAUAUCACCUCGCAGCAGAUGCAAGUCAUCCCUCGGCCUGACAUGGCCAGAGGACUGUCACCACGGGAACAAACUGUUGCCAUCCCGUAUACCCCUCGAGGGAAUAUUGAUCUAAACCAGAUGCCUCCAACUAUCCUGUUGCCUCACCCUGGGGGAACAGGUACUCCCACUUUGGAACGCAGCGCCUACUUCUCUGGAGCUCAGCCCCCUUUCCCUCCUAGGGCUUUCAACCCAACCUCCAUAUCGCCAGGCCACCAAGCCCACCUUGCUGCUAGUGCAGAGAGAGAGCGGGUGAGAGAGCAACAGGAGAAGGACCUGGAAAAGCAACAGAGGGAGAGGGAACAGGACAUGAGAGAACGAGAGCGGGAAAGGGACCGCACCAAUGAAUACAUGCGUGGAGGUGCCCCAGAGCAGCCGGGCCGGCCGGGGAGUCGAGGUUAUCUGCACUCCCCCUCUCCAUCCCUCAGGACUCAGGAAGUCGUCGUUCAGCAGCGGCCAAGCAUCUUCCAGGGGAAGAGUGUCAUCACCUCUCUAAUACCCCAUCCGCCUGUGGCAACAUCAGCGUCACCGAGCAGCUCACGCUUCAGCACUGCGGCUGAUGCCCUGGCCGCACUCGUGGACGCCGCGGCCUCCGCUCCUCAGAUGGACGUCAGCAAGGUUAAGGAGAGCAAACAUGAGCGGGAUGACAACAUGUCUCCUUCCCCUGCUUCGCGGCGGGGGCCAACCCACUCUGAACAGCAGCAGCAGGAAGCAGAAAGGCGAUCCCUGAACUCUCCCUAUAACACCAUGUCUCUGCCCGGAGGAAAGCCCCAUCCUGCUUACGCCGAGAGCCCUGGGGCGGGGGGUAAGGAGAAAGGUCCUCAGACAAAGUCCCGUAUUGAAGAGGAGCUUCGGACUCACGGAAAGACGACUAUCACAGCCGCCAACUUUAUCGAUGUCAUCAUCACACGGCAGAUAGCCUCGGACAAAGAGUCAAGGGAACGAGGCUCCCAGAGCUCCGACUCUUCCAGCAGCCUGUCAUCGAAUCGCUAUGAUAACACUGCUGGAGGAGCCAUUGAGGUCAUAAGUCCUGCUAGCUCUCCAGUUCAGCCCCAGCAAGACAAAGCGGAAGACGCACAACAGCAAGCAGCAGUUGGCAUGCGGACCUACGAGAUGGGCCGAUACCGGCAGCCUGUAGAGCCCCCGCAGCCCCCCUCCUCCCAGGCAGACGGCUACUCGCAGGUCCCCAAAACACACAGAGUCAUGACCUUGGCUGACCACAUUUCGCAUAUAAUUACCCAAGACUUUGCCAGGAAUCAAGACCCCCCAGUCUCCUCUUCAGCUCCCUCCACAUUCCAGAGCUCCAUCCCACCGGUGUCGUCUUCAAGUCGGGUCAAAGCCCCCAGCCGCUACAGUCCUGAGAACCAGGCUCCGCACCACCAGAGACCCUCCAGCAGGGUUUCUCCAGAAAACGCCUCGGAUAAGUCGAGGGCCAGGCCCGGUAAGUCUCCAGAGCGAGGAGGCAGGCAGAUGGAGAACUACGAACCCAUCUCUCCUCCGCAGGGGUACCAGGGCAUGGACAAACAGGAGGCUGGAGGGCCUCCAUCCCAGAGGCGAGACACGGACAGCUCUGAGAUCAGGACUGACUCACGGUCCCCCGGAAGCGCCAGCUACCUGCCUUCUUUCUUCACCAAGCUGGAGAGCACCUCACCGAUGGUGAAAUCCAAAAAGCAGGAAAUCUUUCGGAAGUUGAACUCCACCUCUGGUGUUGGGGAUUCUGAAGCUGGAAAUGCUCAGCCCGGCACAGAGAUUUUCAAUCUACCUGCUGUUACCACCUCCGGCAGCAUCAACCCAAGAAGUCAGUCUUUUAAUGACCCGGCCAGCAACCUGGGCCUGGAGGACAUUAUCCGCAAGGCUUUGAUGGGCAGCUUGGAGGGGGGGCAGGAGGAGCAUCAGGGAGGAGGAGGAGCCGUUGUCACAGGCAACGCGUCCAGCACAGGCAGCGACAGCCGACUGGAGUCCAGCGCGUCUCCCAGUAUGGGGAAACAGAAGCAGAGCAAAGCAAACAGUCGGAAAUCCAAGUCACCUAACCUGGGUCAGGCCUACCCUGGAGGGGAGCGUCCCUCGUCAGUGUCCUCCGUCCAUUCUGAGGGGGAUUAUCACAGACAGACCCAGCCUCAGUGGACCUGGGACGAACGGCCCUCGUCCACCGGUCCGAUGCAGUUUCAUUACAGCCCGCUGACCAUGCGGAUGAUGAACACACCACCCACGUCCAUGGCCUCGCCCUCCAUACAGAGCCAGCAGCAGCAGCAGCCCCCAGCAGGCGGGCAGCAGAGAGUGUGGCAGCCUCUGCUGUCAGAGCAGUACGAGACCCUGUCUGACAGUGACGACUGAACCAGAACCUGGCUGAAAGCCCAGAUACAAGGGGAACUGCCCACACUCAGGCGGCUCUGCCCACACCCCUCUCCCAGAACUAACCUCACUCUUUUUGCGAGUGAGGAGCGGAUAGGGUGGCGUCAUGUUUUUUUUUUUUUUUGGUUUUGGUGCUACAGCGCCGCCUGGCUGUUAGCUCGGAGCAGCAAGCAACAGGCAGGGCUCUCCGGAGCAAGACUUGGAUUUUGCUCCGGGAGCUCUAACCAAGUCUGUUGGAGAAGUUCACAUAGUCGGAAGGGGGACGACGAACGGCGCAGUCAAGCUGAAGAAGUUCUUUCAUGUGUAAAAAGAAGCAUAAGAAGCUAUUUCUGAAUUUUGUCUGAUUCUGUAAAGAUAUACCCUGUCGAGAACAUUUGUAAAUAGUGACCUUUUUGCAGUGUUUUUCUUAACUCGAUUGUUUCUUAUUUCGACGUCGCUUUUAAAUCGAUCCACUUUAAAUUGGAAGAGCUGUGGUGUAAUCUUUUAAUAACACAGCUGCUCUCCUAAAACCCCGGCCCAACCGGCCCGCGGCCUCCCACAUGAACAAUAUCACCUGCUGAAAUCUUUCUUUACCGUUGCUUCGCGGAGACCGGACCUGUGGUUAAAACAUCAC